AUGCGCUACCUUGCCUUCGCCCUUAGCCUUUCCGCGCAGUGGCUGCUGCUCGGCGUUCAACCCACCGUAGCCAGGGCUGUCGUCAGUGGCACGCCAGUUGAAAUUGAUCGCGUGGCCCACUCGGCCAACACUACGGACAGCCUCCCCUUGUGCCGCGACUUUACUAUCCCCAUUUCAGUCAACAAGACGGUUGAGGCUGAGCUCUCCCUCGACGACUACAAUAUCGAGUCGCUCUAUGCCUGGGCUGGACGCGAGGUCCUCGUCGAUGGCGAUUAUGAGAUGUCAGCCCGUAUAUGCGAUCCGCCACCAGGUGUCGAGCGCAAAGAUACGCUUCAGCUCUUGAUGCAUGGCGCCACCUUCAACAAACACAUGUGGGACUUCCCUUACAAGCCCGAGACACACAGCUGGGUCAGAUUCAUGGCGAAUGCUGGGUAUACGACCCUGGCCAUUGACUACAUCGGCUGCGGCAAUAGCUCCCAUCCUGACGGCCUCUUCGACGUGCAGACUGAGCUUUUCGUCCAGACGACCCAUCAGAUUGUCCAGUCUAUCCGCACCGAGAACCUUCUUGGUCAGUCUUUUAGCAAAAUAUCCCUUGUCGGCUUCUCCAUUGGCGCUAUCGUCGCCAAUGCUGUCGCCGACAAGUUCCCCGAAGAUGCGGACUCGCUCGUCCUCCUAGGCAUCACCUGGGAUCGCGAGUGGUUGUAUCCCGCCUUCCUGGCUGGGUUGCAGACAACGGCGAGCGUUGUGGACCCCGCACGUUGGGGCGACAGGGACCCCUUCUACCAAACCCAGCCCACGCUCCAGGCGCGCCAAGUAGCCUGUUUCUUCGGGGACUUUGAGGAAGAAGCGGCUUUGGCGGAUUUCGAAACAAGGGACCUGGACACCCUCGGCAUGGCCAUCACGUUCUCCUUUCAUCUUGUGGAGGCUCCGAAGUACGAGGGCCCUGUGUUCCUGGGUAUCGGAGACCACGACUCGACGUUUUGCCCGCGAAAGUGCGGCAGCCAGCCAUACGGGGUCUACGACCAAUUUCCCCUGGCUUCGGAGCACGUUGUCAAGGUGUACAAAGACACGGGCCACGCCUUAUUGUACCACCGCACCGCACCGUUGGUCAUGCAGGAUACCUUGAGCUUCCUCGCGUCCAUCUGA